AUGAGUGGCGAGGGUAAUGCAGCAGCAGCAGCGACAGCAGCAGCAACAGCAGCAGCAACAGCAGCAGCAGCACGUCUGGUGACUGAUUUAAAUCCGUCUACGUUACAAGCGAUGACCGCCGGUAUCAGUGCGCAGAUCGCCGACUCGAAUGCCAACAAAAUUGGCACGGACGAUUCGGAAAUAAUGGAGGUCGAGAAACGACGAGCAGCCGCUGCUGCGGCUGCGCUCUACAGCGGCUUGUCCUCGACGAUCAGCAAAACGGGCCUCGAAAUCUCGCCGUCGUCGUCGUCGUCGUGCAAAAUUGAAGAUACACAAACGAGCACCACAUCCGCGCUUACAUCCGCGAUGACAACCAUCCAGUCGGCUGCUCUGGCAUCAUCCGAAGAAGAGGUUCCCACACCACCACCCUCACCAACGUCACGCAAAAAUGCCGCUAAACCGAGUUUAUUUUCACUGGCGCAUGUAUCGCACCGACUUGGCGAGCUCUGGUCCAGUGCGCGAGAGCGAGUAUUUGGCGAAGAUUACUGGAUCCCGUCGGAUUGUUAUGAGGUGGUACCAUUUCCUGUGGAACUGUUGCGAGCCCAUUCGGCCGUUUAUCCACAUGGAAGUAGCGAGAAGGGGCUGCGAGUUGUACAUGGUACACUGAAGAAUCGGCCAGCUGCGCCGCUCUUCCAUGUUCUGUUUUCGAAAGAACGCGACGAAACAAACAGCAGCAGCAACAGCAGUAGCACCAGCAGCGGCAGCAGCAAUGGACGAAAUGAAGUGGGAUUGCAUGUAACACUAAGUAUAUUUCGAACUCAUGAAAUCCAGGAAGCGAUUGAUUUGUGCAAUCGUUGCUAUGAUUGCGAAGCACUCUUCAUGCUGCUAGAUAUGAGGCGAGAUAAUCGGCGACUUGUACGCGACUUGGUGACCGCUUUGCGAGCACAUCCACUGUGGCUUAUUGUACCUAUUGCUGUUGCUACAAAUCGCAUUGAUUUCUUCUCCAAUGAAAGUAUUCGGAGGUUUCAAGCAACAAAUGAGGAUCUGUUUGAUGUGAUGCUUCAAGCAGCUGCGCAGCCGGAAGGCCGCUAUCCGUUGAUGCUUGCUAUUGAAAUGCAUCGAUUGGAGAUUGUACGAAGGCUUUUUGAGCUUGGCGCCGAUCCGGCAGCACGUGAUAUCAAUGGCAAUAAUGCGUUGCAUUAUGCAGCAUUAGCUUCCGUAACAAUGCUGGAAUUGCUGUGGGAAUUUGAGAAGACGCAUGUUUUGCUGAAUACAACCAAUCAUGACGGCUACACGCCCGUGCUCAUUGCAAUUCGAAAUGCUAAUCCACGAAUUGUAUCAGCAUUAAUUUCGCACGGUGCCGAAGUUAAUAUACGUGUUGCCGGGCGAUCGCCACUGUUCGAAGCAAUGCAGAAUAAGGGCAAGUCGGCGGAAGUUAUUCGAACACUGCUGGAAGCAUCACCGGAGCUGCUGCAUGAAAAAGAUCCGGCCACUGGCAAUACCGUUUUGCAUGCUGCUCAGUUCAAGACUCCACUGAUGGGACUGCUGUCCUUAAAACACAAAGAACUAAAUUUGAAUGCGCGAAAUAAUGCAGGACAAGCGCCUAUUCAUAUGUACGUCAGUCGAGGUGACGUUGGCAUGGUGAUGACACUGUCGUCGUACAAUUGCGAUCUGAAUGUUUCGGAUCGGAGUGGCGAUACAGCUCUUCAUUUAUCCGUUUCCAGAAGAGAUUUGCUAAUGACCCGGUUACUGCUGUGCUUAGGCGCUGAUCCAAACAUACGAAAUAAGCAUGGUGAGACGCCAAGACAUCUUGCUUCCAAGCUGCAAGAGUGGGAUUUAGUCAAAAGUCUUGCAAUCUGUGGUGCCAAUCGUUGUGAGAAUGGCCGAAAAACUGGAUGUGUUUCUGGAUGUGUUAAUGUAAAGAAACUGGAUGAGAUGAAGGAUGCAUCGUGGCUUUCGAUAGAAAGCGCCGAAAAUUACGUAAUUCCUCGGACAGGCAGCACCGCUUUUGUGGAUGAUUUGGAUGUAACUGUGAAUAUGCAAGCCACCAGUGCCAUCCAUGAUUUUAAGCAAAAGUUCUGUUAUGAGCGAUUGACAAAAAGGCUGGAAGAGCUGCUGGGGAAAAAGGAAAACCCGGAUUUUGUGAAUUUAUUAUCGUUAGAUGGCGGCGGAAUUCGCGGCUUAGUUAUCAUACAAAUGUUAAUAGAAUUUGAAAAAGUGAUGGGCGAACCGUUUUAUCCGUAUUUCGACAUGGUUGCUGGUACUUCCACAGGUGGAAUUGUUGCUGCUGCUUUGGCUUUAGGCAAGUCAUUGCGGGAUUGUCAGCAGAUUUAUUUGCGCCUAAAAGAUCUUGUCUUUGAUAGUUGGACGCGGCCAUACAAUACGAAUUUGUUAGAACAGUUCAUUCAAAGUGAAGUUGGCAUGGACAGGACGCUUGAAUCAAUACCUUGGCCAAAGCUGAUCCUGACAACCGUUCGAGCGGAUUGCUUCCCGGUUCGUUUGGAAUUGAUGCGAAAUUUUCGUUUGCCUUUAUCAGACGAAGAAAACGAUGCUCUCGGGUACACUGAUCCUGCAGAUGUGUUAUUGUGGAAAGCUUUACGACGAACCUCGGCAGCGCCAACAUAUUUUAGCUCUGUUGAUAAUAAGUACAUUGAUGGUGGUAUUAUUUCAAAUAAUCCUGCACUGGAAUUGCUUUCUGAAUUAGCUUUUUGGAAUACAACCAAACACUUUUUGACAAAUAUGCAAGAUAAUUCGAUAGAGCUGGGUUGUAUGUUAAGCGUUGGUACGGGUGCAAUCCCGACAUCGCCAUUAUCAACAUCAAAUUUGGAAAUUUCCUCAAAUCCGUAUUCCUCUGCUGUUGCAAUAAAAAACCUUGGAGUCAUACUUGUUGAGCAGGUUACGGCUACCGAAGGAGCACCUGUGGAGCGUGCUCGUUCUUGGUGUCAUAACUUGAAUGUGCCGUUCUUCAGACUCUCUGCUCCUCUGCACAAAGACAUUCCAAUGGAUACGCGUGACGAUACGGAUAUAGCGCGAAUGAUGUGGGAUUGUGUGGAAUAUUGCAGCGUAAUGCGCACUGAAAUGAGGAAGCUCCGUGAACUAUUGAAAAAGGUUUUUUUUUUUUUUUGUAAGCGAGUAUGA